AUGGCUAAAAAGGCAACUCAUACUGAACUUUCAUCACCAGAUUUCAACUAUGAUACAUCAUCAUCAUCUUCAGACAAUCAACAAAAUAAAUCAUCAAAUGUAGAAACAACAAAAGGUUCUAUUAAAAAUUAUGUUACCAAUGUUUUAAGUAAACUUAGAAAAGAUGAUGAACAACAAACUGAUUUAUCUGAAACUGAAAUAAAAAUUGAUACAAGACCAUCGAAUAGUUCUCGUCUUUAUCGAAAUGUAUCUGCUUUUCGACAAUAUCAUUCUCAUUCUGAAGCAACAGCAAGAACUGAUGCUCAUCGACGCCAACAAGAUUUGACUAAUGAAGAUGAUUUAAACGAUCAUUUAUUAUCAGGACAGUCAACCAAUUUAGAUGAACAAACAACAGAAUUUAAUUUAGAUCCAAAUCCAAUUAUUGAAGAACGUGAAAGUACUGAUCAAGUAUACAAACAAAAAGUUUAUUUACGUCAAUUACAACCACCUACUCCACAACCAAUUGAAGUUCAAGUUCAAGAAGUUUUACUUAAACCACAAAUACAAAAACUACCAAUACACGUUCGUGUUGGUCAACGUGAACCUCGAACACCUUCACCUAUUGUCAUUAAAAGUACACCACCACAACCUCCUCCAACUGAACCUGAUCAACCAAUUAUUUACAAUAAAUAUGUUCCACCACCAAAACAACCACCACAACAGGUAAUCAUUCAUCGUUAUCCCGAUUUACCACCGAAACCACGUCCUAUUGUUGUUGAACAAUGGUUACCAUUUAAACCAGCACCAAAACGUAUUAUUAAACAGUCAUUACCACCUGAAGCCAUUCAAACUCCACCACCUCCACAUAAUAUUGUUGUUUCAUAUGGUAAACCACGUACUCUUAUUGAAGUUGAAUUAAUUCGUUUACCAAUGGUUAAAGUUGAUCCUUAUACUUAUCAACAAAUGGCUAGUGGUAAUCAACAACAUUCAGGACAACAUCAAACAUUCCAACAUGAACGAGAUUAUUUAUCAGGAGAUACAUUAGCACAUGCAUCUCAUCCAUCAAAUCAAUUCGAUUGGCGUAUUUAA